AUGAGUUUGGGCAAACCAACGGGUCAUGGCAUUGCAGAUUAUAUAUUCUCAAGUUGCUGCUACAAGACUUCGAACCUGGUUGGCGGAUUGGCAGAUCAUUUAGCAAGCUUGUUGGCUGGUUGGUCGAUUGUUGGCUGGAUAGUUGGCUAUUUGGCUGAACAAAGGGUUGGCUAUUUAGUUGGCCGAAUUAUUGGCUAUCUGGUUGGCCCUGUGGUUGGGUGGUUGGUUGGCUGGCCGGAUGGAUGGAUGGACGGCUGGAUAAAUGGCUAUUUAGUUGGUCGAAUAUUUUACAAUUUGGUUGCCGAAUGGUUGGAUGGAUGGUUUUUUGAGUCUUUAGUUGGCUGGAUAGUUGGCUAUUUGGUUGAACAAAGGGUUGGCUAUUUGGUU